AUGUGGGUGAUCUCUGGCCCGUUCGACGGGGUCCAGGAGGGCGUCAAGGAGAAGUUACUAAAACCUGGAACAACUUAUAUCGUUGGACGUGCCAAGGCCGGACAGAGCAUGCUGAACCGAAUCAACUUGGAACAAAAAUCGAUUAGCCACGAACAUGUUGAAAUCGUUGUCGGAAAUUACGAGAUUGACGAUGUGCCAGACUCCCAAGCAAAACCUGUUGUCCAGUUGACUUUAAAGCGCGAGAAGGAUAUCAUAGUUUCGAAUCAGCGAGUUACCAAGGGCAUGGUGUUUGAUCUGGAAGCCGGGUCGGAAAUUGCGUUGACGAACAAAAUCUCGAUUUACGUGCUCUGGAAGCCAGUGGUCGUUGUCAAUGCAGACAAUCGAGUGAAAAAAGAGAGAAUGAGGGAGAUUGCGGCUUCAGCGGCCAAGAUAGGUAUAACCGUGUCGAAAACUUGGAGGGAUGAUGCCACCCAUUUCGUUACCCCUUCGAUUAACAUGUCACGACGGGUCCUACACUCGCUCAUGCUCGGAAUACCAUUGGUGGAUCUAAAUUGGCUUGAGGAACUAUUUCGCCGUGGUAACACUUUAACUGUUGAAUCAGAACCAGAGGAGAAUGGUGUGGUAGCACUUGAAUAUCAUUUUCUUCUUCCGAACGAGCCAGACUUUCGUCCAAAAUUGGUCAAGCCUGACGAUGAAGACGAAGACAUCACGCAAUGGCCUCUUGAGCUAUGGGAUGCUAAUCCGGCGAGAAGGACAAUUUGGGAUGGACUACAGUUUCAUUUCUUUUGCGACGAUACAGUUCCAACGGAAUGGACAGAUCAAGUUCAACUGGGAGGAGGUACUUUCAAGACUCAUAACUACAACCCCGAAAACCUAGGAGAGGCGGUCACCACGGCGGAAGAAGCUAAACUUCUUUUCCAAAAGAUUAGACUUGAGGCCGAAAAGUUGAGCGGAGUUGCCUGUAUGAAGUCACCUGUGGUGAUAGUCAUCAAACCGUCCGAAUUGACAGGACUACUUGGCGAAACGAUGUGGACCUUCUAUCGAGAAGGAAUGAAGGCAAAUGGCUUCAAAUCUGUUGCUCCCAAAGACAUCACGUUGGCAGUCCUCCGAAUGGAUGCGAAAUCUAUUGAUUGUGGUCUAGAAACAUUUGGAUCUUCAACGGUCCUCGCACAGCCCAAGAAGAGCACAAUGCCGAAUCCAUCUUUCUCCAGUAUUGUUCCGCCAAGCCACACUGGUGAUGCAUCUGCUCCAGGACUGCCAUCAGUCAUAACCACAUCCGCGUCCAGAGCCCCGGAGCCAUCUGAAGCUCCUAUGCCUGAAGCACGCAGGCCCAGGCCCCUAAAGAAACUUCGACCGAAAUCUCAAGAACGCUCGGAGAUGCCACCACCUGAACCUGUCACGGAGGAAGCGUUUCUCGAAACGACAGAGGAUAAACAUGACCAAGCGUCCGAAGUUUCUCGGCCACGACCACUUAAGCGACGAGUGAAAACAACUACUGUUGCAGAAGCGCUUGGAUUGGACAACUCUAGUGCAUCGAUAACUGCAAUAAUACCCCUUGAAGAAGAACUUAAACCUCAAUUACCUCGGGCAGAAGCCAAAAAGCCGCAGAGACUGAACAGGCCUCCAUCCUCGAUUACCCUUCACGAGGGCUCUGAGAUAGCCGCAUCCUCUACAUCGCGACCUAAUCGACUCAAACGGCGAGCCGAUGUUUUGGCCGAGCGUACUACUACUGCGCCAACGCCUGUAGAAAUUGAUAUUCCACAGGCACCUGCCCUUAAACGAUACCGUCAAUUAUUUGAAGGAGUUGAACGAGCAGCUUCCUCUGUCGUUGAAGUUGAUGAGGGUUCAACCAUUAGUGCUGCUGCCUCCAACCAACCUUUCCAGUCCUUAGUAUCAGCAGAUGAUACUAAGAAACGAAAAUCCGCAGAUCGAGAUGAUGUGGACGUGGAGGAUGUCACUCGCGUUAAGCGGCGUGUCCUGGCUUCUGGGAUCUCUCAACAAUAUAGCCAUUUGGACCAGAACACUACCACCAGUGAACCCGAUCCAGGAUCACAAGUAGCGACAAAACCUCAUUUAUUAUCAACUGGUCAAGCGCAUACAAGAUCAUCCGGGUCACGGGGAGCAGCCCCAGGAGCUCCAGAUAAAGACGGAGCACUCUUGCGUGCUCUAGCACAAACCGAGAAUGAGGCCAUCGCCGUGUCCAGGGAUGGGAAACUCAAGGGUACUAAAAAUGCUCCGAUUGACCAAGAUUUUGCCAAUAUGCGUAUUGCAGAGGAAAAGGACAAGGAAGAAGCAUCCCGACGUCGGGCAGAAGAAAUGCGCAUUUGGGAGGAGUGCGAACGGGAUGUCAACGUCCGAGGGAAUUUCAUGGUAGUUGAGUUCGUAGACCUCGUGCGUCGAAAUCGUGGGCCACCCGCACGCAGUAUCAACCCUGCCUGGGAUGGGAAGCCAGAUUUCAAGAAGUUCAAAAAGAAAAUAGUAGGGCCGAGAGUCGCACGGGUAGACGUCUUUCCUAAUAACGAUGCAAAUGUCGAUUAUGGGAUGGGAGAUGACUAUUGGGAACAAAAGGCUGCGCUGGCUGACGUGCGAGGCUCAAGUGAAGGACCUCGUUCUAAUAUCCGCGUUCAGGAUGACGACUCGGACACUCCUAUGCCGAACAUAACAAGGGGAGUGCGCGGCCAUAAAGUAGCACAUGCAACUACACACUCAAAGACAAGUGUUAUAUCCGAGCCGAAAGCAAAGAUCAAGCCCCAACGCAUCGCCUUAUCGAGUGGCGAAUCGGAUGAAGAUGGAAUGAGGAAACUCAAGGGCGCCUCAUCCAAUGUCGGGAUAGGAAAGCGCCGACUGGCUGUAGGAUCUACACAUAAGACGAACCUCGCAGAUUUCGGUAUGCGUGACGAGGACUCAGGCUCAGAAGACGAGGGCGGAUCUCGUAGUAGACGACUCCAGGAAGAACAAUCUUUUGGAGCCUCGACAAAGGCUGGCGAUGAAGAUGCCGUUAGUUAUAUGGUAGAACAAGAAUCUCAUCAAGUAACUACUACCGGGGCUCUUAGUCAUAUGUCAAGUUUGGGUGAUGCAAGCCUAGGAGCCCGUAAACCAGCUACAUCUAGUUCGUCGGUAAUCAAACCUAGCAAACCAAAGAAGAUUGUUGUAGCCGACAGCGACUCGGAUGGGGGCGGGUUUAAAGGAUUUGGCACCAAGAGGCGCAAACGGGGAGUGGCGUAG